AUGGCUUCUCUUAUCGAUAACAAUAGCAAUGUGUGCUCAAUGGAGGAGGAGAUUGAGGCGGAGGCCGCAGUCUUGAAGCAGAUCCAGAACAGGCUGGCUGAGAAGAUGGAGAUUGGAAAAACUGCCCCGCCCACGGAGGAGGAGCAAAAGGAGAUUGACUCUAGGUCAGUCUUUGUUGGCAACGUCGAAUUUGGAGCAACGAUCGAGGAGCUCCAGGAGCACUUCAAGGGAUGUGGGGAGAUUGUGAGGAUCACGAUCCCAAAGGAUAAGAUUUCGAAGAAGCAAAAGAAUUAUGCUUUCAUCGAGUUCGAAUCAUCUGACAGCGUUGAGAACGCCAUGGUCAUGAAUGGCUCUACCUUCCGUGAGCGUCAAAUUGUGGUCACUUCGAAACGGACGAACAAGCCUGGUAUGGGAGCACAGAGAGGUAGAGGUGGAAUCAGAGGUGGGGGAUUCAGAGGAGGACAUGGAGGACAGCACGCAGUGGUAGUCAAGUACGUGUAUGUGAAUGGAUCUGCACCAAGAGGACGUGGAGGAUUCCGUGGGGGACGGGGACGUUUCAACCCAUAUUAA